GCUGGCCGUUUCCUGUUCAAAAAUUUUCUCCAAUAUUCCAGUAGGCUGUGAUUCUUCCGUAUUUGGCGACGAGAGCUGUCAAGCUUAAUUUUCCUCAUGGUUUUUUGAAACGAAUCCAUUAUAUUUUAGUCUGUACAGACAUUAACAACAUUGAACCAUCUAUACCCUUUUAUAAGAAUUAAAUAUGAGUUUCACUUUGGUACGGAAACUCUUGCUGAAACCCAUGAAAAGGGUGCGCGGCGUGAUGGAGAGUCCCUUGGUCCAGAGUCCUGUGGAGAAGUUCCGCAAGGUGUGGGUUCGAACCUACCAGCCCGUCGCAGGACCUCCACGCUUCCCCAUGUCCCCCGCCCAGCGCCUUCUCCUUGGCUGGGGAUCUUUGCUGCUCAUGAUGGUUAUUCCGUUUUGGGCUAUUUAUAGUACUCCCAAGUGGUCCAAGCUGCACAAUGGCAUUCCUCUUGACGAGGAGGAGCCGCCACCAGAGGAGGAGGCUGCGGAAAAGGACCAGAAGCCGGAAAAAGAUGAAAAGAAAAAAGAAGAAAAGAAAAAAGAAGAAAAGAAAUAAUUUAAAACUACAGAUCCUGAACACUUUUAAACGGUGACUUCAUAAACAUACUUUUACUGGGGCCUCCAUACUUUUCAACUAAUUCUGAAACAGCAUUCAACAGCGUGGUGUUUACACUAUAAUUUAUCAUGUAAAUAAAAUCGCUAGUUCUUUUGUUAACAUGGCAAAAAAAUAA